GACGCCAAGAAGAGAUAGCAGGAGAGAGCUUUUGUCAUGUCCGGGCGCAUAUCGCUCGCCAUCUUGUGGCUCAUUGUGGUCAGACUGGAAGGUAACACAGCGGCUGGCAACAGUGGCGAGAGGGUACACAUACGUCUGCACAUGCCGGAUGUUGUGCGUCAGCACACGCACUUCCACAAGGUCUACAAGCACUUCCCCCUUCCUGUGGCGCUGCCACAACAACUGAUGCCCGUUGCCGCGCCGCCCAUGGCCAAGCCGCAUGUCUCGCUGCUGGGCUACACGACAACGGCGAGCGGCAGCGGCGGCAUGGCGUCCAGCGUCAAGCAACUGAUGGCCACGGCAGACACGCCCAUGGCCAUGUCGAUGGCCACACUGAAGCCGAAGUAUGGGCCCGCUCUGUUUGACAACUACAGUCAGCAGCAGGCGGCGGCGGAGUUGAAGGCGACAUUGCCACCAACGACGCCAGCUACACAACUCCUGCAACAGUUGCUGACAUCCAUCAAAGCUGCGCAGCAGCAACGCUUGCAACAGCAGAUGGAAAUGGAAGCAGAGCCGGAGACUGAAACGGAACUGGAACCGGAACUCGAGAACAACGAGCUGCUCAAUGACAACUUUAUGGCUGCCCUGCAGCGCGAAUAUCUGGCCAAGUUCGCGGGCCGACAGCAAAAACGCAAGAAGGUCAAUCACUUGAGCAAGCCGCAGGGCAGACCCAGGCAGAAGCCGCAGCAGUUGCUGUCGAACAGCGAGGAGCAGUACGACGAUUACCAGGACGAGGUGGACACGCGUUACGCGGAGCCAGAUGAGCCCAACGAGCAGUAUUUGAAUGCAGCCAAAUCCUGGGCGGAGCUGGGCGAGAACGAGGACGACAGCGCCGCGGCAUUCAGUGGACAAAAUAAUGCGCUUAGUUCGGUGCCCAGUGUGGAUGAUUUCCUGAACGAAGUCAACGGUAAUUCCUAUGCGCCCUACUAUGGCAGCAUGUACAGCCAAUAUGGCAAUACUGGCCACACUGGCCACACGGACAGCAGGUACAGCGAAUAUGGCAGCACUGGCAGCAUGUACAACGAUUAUGACAACAUCGAACCCACAGGCGGAUCUGUCUGGCAGGCCACGCCCACUGCUGCAUACAACAGCUAUCCGCGACCUACUAAGGCCACGCCCAUACGACCACGACCACGCCAGCGAGCACGGCCGAGCUCGACCAGUCCGGGACAGAAUAGCGGCAAAAUGAGAUACGUUAAGCUAACGACACGCAAGAAACGCAAGAAUCGCAUCCGAGCGAAAAGAUAUCGCAUUUAGAGAUAAACUGCGUAGUUGCUUAUGAAAAGUUAGCAUACUUUCUUGAGUCACUCUGCAGUUGGAUCGGGCAUCUAAACUCACACUUAGUAU